GGAGUGCGACGGGGCCAGAGGCACGCACCACCAGCCCGCCCUCCACUUCCGCGUCUAGAGCCGCGCUCCUGCGGGACCCCGCGGGCAGCCGGCCCAGCCUAGCCCUCCCGAACGCCCGGGACCAGCCUGCCCGAGCCAGCCCUGCCCAGAACGCCCCGCCGGCCGGGGGGACAAAGCGCUAGCCGGCCCGCGCGCCCCGGCAGCGCCUGAGCCCGCGCACGCAGCCCCGAGCCCGGCGCUCGGGCCACGCCGCCCACCCCAGAAGCGGGGAGGGCGCCCUGCUGAUUUAAAGUACAGUAAGUUUGAGCCCAGCCGGGGGCUGACAGAGAGCAGCGGAGUGCCCGAAGUUUGUGGGAAGAGAACAGCCACCUGCUUGUGGAUGUCCCUGCAGGGAGCAGAAGAACUGGGCGCGAAAGUCGGCCAGAUUGUCUCCGCUCAAAGAGUUUGCAGCCUUAUAAAACCUUUUGGGACUGGAAUCAUGCCACUGGUUUUUGCCACAUGAUAAUAGCAGCUAUUUGAGACUCAAGCCUUCACCCCAUUGGGUUGUUGUUUUUUCCCGGCAACCCUUUUCUUCCCCCACCCUGUGGGACCAAAGGACCAGUUGCCAGGGGACAGAGCCAGGUGCUGAGACAACAUGGAGAAGUACGAAGACUUGGGCCUUGAGGCCAGUAAAUUUAUUGAGGACCUCAACAUGUACGAGGCAUCUAAGGAUGGUCUGUUCCGAGUGGACAAGGGAGCAGGCAACAACCCGGAGUUUGAAGAGACCCGGAGGGUGUUUGCCUCCAAGAUGGCUAAGAUCCACCUUCAGAAGCAACAGCAGCUGCUACAGGAGGACCUGCUGCAGGGGGCUAGUGGCUCCCUCAAUGGAGGUGGCCGGCUAGCCCCCCAGAUCCCUGCUACAGGACCCUUCACCCACCGGGAAGCAGGGGGGAGCAGUAAGCUAGCCCUGGGGGAUGGAGCUGCCAAACCCCCUCUUGCUGCACCAGCCUUGGCAUCUGGGGCUGGGCCCGGAGCAACAGGCCCUGUGAGUCAGCUGGCCUUUCCAAGUCAGUCACACUCAUCUCUGCCUCAGGGUCAGCGGGCCAGGUUACAGCCUGAGGGCCAGAAGAGAGCCAGCCAGGACUUUAGUUAUGGAAAUGGUACAGGGAAUUCCUCUGCAUCUGGUUUGCAGGGGCUAGAUUCCAGGGGCACUAGUGGUAUUGGCCCUACUCAGGGGGCUUUUUCUUCUCUCUCUCAUGGAGAUUACUAUGACAACUAUCCUGAGCAGAAGUGGGCAGAGGAGCCCAGCCAGUUCACCAGUAUCAGGCCAAGUAUGGGGAACUCUUGGCCAGGCUCCAAAACCCCAACUGACCCUCACCUGUACCAGUGCCAGCCAUCACCAAACUCUUGCAGGUCUUUUGAGAGUGGGUACAGUAGCCAGGAUGGCAGUGGAAGUGAGGGCCAUCAGCUCAGCCGGGACUCUGAGCAGAAGCCAACUGGCCAACAGCGGUCAUCUUCCUUCUCCCACACACUCAAUUCUAGAGCUCCUCCAGCAGCCCCAGAAAUAGCGACCCCCUUGGCCCUGCCACAGCAUCGCUCAUCUUCAUUCUCAGCACCUGCCACCUUAGCUGCUUCAGGUACUUCACUUCAGGGAGAUCCAUCCAAAAAAAGUGCUGGGAUGGAAAGGGAUGUUCCUGGUGGUAUGGCCAAACCCACUGGGGACUCUCAGCUCUGGUACCAUGGGAGCCCCAAAUCCUACAUUUCAAGUUCAGUGCCUGCCCCGUUGCCAACCAGUAUUGACUAUCAGCCCUCUGGUUCUGCUUACCCUAAGUCCAUCGACCACUUAGUCCCUCAUGGUCAGACUCCCCAGCCCAAUUGCAGGGAUUCUGGCACAAAUCCCAAGUUGGGUUUCCCCAACCUCUCUUCAGGGCCAGCGUCUGAUGCUCCUGGUCCUUCUUUUAGAGAGGGGCCCAAUAGUUUGCCACCUGAUAGUAGUCAAGGGAGUGUCCAUCCAGAGAACUCCAGCUCUACCAAAGUCAAAUUACCCUGUCAGACCCUCCUUCCACUCCCAGAGCAAGGGUUGUCUGCAGUCGAAUUAAAAUUAGAAGCACUCACCCAGCGUCUGGAGCAGGAGAUGGAUAUUCAUCCGAAGGAGGAUUAUUUUGGAGCAUGUGUGAAAUGCAAUAAGGGCGUCUUUGGAGCCAACCAGGCCUGCCAAGCAAUGGGGAACCUCUACCAUGACAGCUGCUUCACCUGUGGGGCCUGCAGUCGGAAGCUGAGGGGUAAAGCCUUUUAUUUUGUCAAUGGCAAAGUAUUCUGUGAAGAAGACUUCCUGUAUUCUGGUUUCCAGCAAUCUGCCGACAGAUGUUUUGUAUGUGGACACUUGAUAAUGGACAUGAUCCUGCAGGCUUUAGGAAAGUCUUAUCACCCAGGCUGUUUCCGCUGCGUGAUCUGUAACGAGUGUCUGGAUGGGGUGCCGUUCACGGUAGACACGGAGAACAAGAUCUACUGUGUCCGAGAUUACCACAAGGUAUUGGCACCCAAGUGUGCAGCAUGUGGACUCCCUAUUCUUCCAUCUGAGGGCUCUGACGAAACCAUCCGUGUUGUGUCAAUGGAUAAAGAUUACCACGUGGAGUGUUAUCACUGUGAGGAUUGUGGAAUGGAACUCAACGACGAAGACGGCCACCGGUGCUACCCUCUGGAAGACCACUUGCUCUGCCACGCCUGCCAUCUGAAGCACAUUGAGAAGGGGGCCACCUCGGUGGCCACACACCAGCAUCCCUACUAGUCUAACUUGGGCAGAACCAAUUUUGGUGCCGUUUCCCUGCCUCAGCAGCAGGGAAUGUCUAAUCAGCAAAUCAUGAUUUUGGUUACAGAGACUGGGGUAUGUUUGGGUUGGGGGAGGUGGAAAGGCGAUAAAGGAAAAGGAUACGUGUGCGCGCGCGCGCGUGGUUUUGUUUUUCCUUGGCCAGGAAAGUGAAACGUUAUCCAUUCUGGUACAUUUAUCUUCCAAGUGCCUUCCUCCUUACUCGGGAGGUCUUCAGAUUACUUGGGAGAAUGCAUCAUUAUAAAGGCACAGGGGGAUUCAUUCGUGGAAACCGCAAUUAGACAUCCUGAGACCUGCCUGCUGAGGAUACUGUGCAUUCUUCUAGGUGAUUCAAGUUGAGCCUAUUUUAAGAUCUCCCCCCAUUCCCCACUCAGGACACCAACAGAUUGAUAACAGACCUUCACGGUCAUUCUUUUUUCUUAGGAAAAUAAGAACCAUGUAUAAAGCAACCUUCAGAUCUUCCUUUUGCCCCAGAAGUGAGAUUUUCGGUCUUCUUUAGUCAUCUCUGAAAGUGGUCGUUGUGUUACAAAGAGAGGCAGUCUCUACAUUUUCAUUGUUGACAUACAUAACAUUGGUGGCAUAGGUGACAUUUUCAUUGGUGACAUAGGAAGGAUUUGCCAACCAUGUAAACUAGAGCCAGGAUUUUUUAUGAAGCCAAGAAAGAUGACCAUAGAAAUAUUUUGUCCUCAGAGUAGUUUUUUUCAACUGGACCCAUAUUUUGGGAGUGUCUGGUGAGAAAACAUCUUGUACCAGUGCAGAUCUGCCCCUGCUCUGCCUCUUAGGGUCCGGGAGAAUUUCCUGAUGCACUUAGAUUUGAAUGACUUUUAGGGCACCAUUUGAACCCAGAUCUUCUUGAUUUCGAGGCCACUUUUCUGUUCACCAUGCCAUGCCAGCCUCUCACUGGUUUUCCUAGCACCAAAAUCUCUAUUUCUGGCACCUAGCACAUACAUAGUAAAUGCUUUGAUGAAUGUCUAACAUUUUGUUGAAUUUCUUCAGACCUCUCUUUCCCUCAACUCCCCUCCCUCAAAACCUCCCAAGAGGCAGGAGUCCAUGUAGAUCCUUUCUUCUUUUUUCCUGCCUUGAGAAUUUUCCUGCCAAAUCUACCAUGAGAGAAGAGCUUGGUGCAGGCACCAUUCAGCUCAUGCCAGGUCCUCAGGGUUAGGCCCUGGAGCUCCAAGGCUCCUGUCGCUAUGAAAUGGAUAUUGGCAGGAGGGUGGGAGGCUUUUCUUUAGCCUGGCUGCCAUUUUGUAUUUGGGUUUACACAGGGUUCCAGAGUCAGACUAAGAGCUAACACCUUUAUGGAUAUAAAGCAAGAUCCUUUUUCUGGAAGACCAGAUUGUUCAGGAACAUGCUCCCCAUCUUCUUGGAGAAAAUUACCUCAGACAUGAAACCGCUGGCUAUGAUACUCAGUGCCAUAGCCUCAGAGAGGCAUCAUCAUUUAGUGGAUAGAGCUAUACUCUUACGGUCAGGAAGACCUGGGUUCCAAUGCUGCCUCCAACACUGACCAGCUGUAUGACCCUGGGCAAGUCACUUAGCCACCA